AUGUCGUUUCUCCGCUAUCGGACUGAUAUUCUGACGGGGAUUCCAGAGGAUCGCAUCCAGUUCCUCAAGCAAUAUGAGGACUGGUUCACAAUCGAGGCUCCAAAACUGAGGCAGAUUACCGACCAUUUUGUAAAGGAACUCGAAAAGGGACUUUCAGAGGAGGGUGGAAACAUUCCGAUGAAUUUGACUUGGGUCACCGAUUAUCCGACUGGCUGCGAACAUGGACGAGUGCUGACCGUGGAUAUGGGGGGCACUAACUUGCGAGUGUGUGAGAUUCAACUCGCACUCAAUCAAAGAAACUUUGAGCAAACCCAAAAGAAGUUCAAGUUGCCCGGUGACGUGAAGACCGGCACCGGAGAGCAGCUCUGGGAUUUCAUUGCGGAUCGGUUAGAAUCCUUUAUUGACGACCGGCAGAUCCAAUGCUCGGACACAAACAAGCUGCCACUGGCCUUUACUUUUUCCUUUCCUGUCCAACAAAAGGAUAUCAAGAGUGGCGUGCUUCAGCGGUGGACCAAAAACUUCAACGUCGCCGGGGUAGAAGGACACGACGUGGUUCCACAGCUCGCGGCGGCAUUUGAGAGAAAAGUAAGUAUCCACCCAGCACAGAAGCCUUCACGCCUUGACAGCUCCCAAGGAGGUCCUGGCGAGGAUUCGGACCAGAAGAGGACUCCUCACUCAUUCAUCCAGCAACUUCCGGUCCGAAUCGAAGCAUUGAUCAACGACACAGUGGGCACCCUCCUGGCCUCGCGCUACUGCGAUCCGCAUAUCAAGGUGGGCUCAAUCUGCAGCACGGGCUGCAAUGCUGCGUACAUGGAAGACUGUUCCAACAUCCCCAAAAUGCAAAGUUGCCGGUCAGCAGGGAGCACAAAGGUCAUCAUCAAUACCGAAUAUGGUGCAUUUGAUAAUGAUCGGAAGGUCUUACCCCUGACACCCUUUGACCGGCAGAUUGACCAAGACUCGGCACGACCAAGCACACAGAUUUAUGAGAAAAUGGUUGCUGGACUCUACAUCGGGGAAGUGUUACGCCUUGUGCUGUUGACCUUGCACUAUGAAGGUCGGAUUCUUCGAGGGCAGGAUACCAGCCGGCUGGAGAAAAAGCAUUCUGUCGAGGCGACAUUCUUGUCUAUUGCAGAAACCGAUGUCUCCCCAGAUCUGACGGACUUGCGUGAAAAAUUCGAAAAGAAGUAUGGGCUGUCGCCCACCUUGGAAGAUCUCAAAAUAUGUCGAUAUCUGAGCAGCCUCAUUGGCAAACGAGCCGCUCGUCUUUUCGCGUGCGGGAUCGCUGCUGUGUGCAAGAAGACCGACUUCCACGAUUGUCACGUUGGGGUGGAUGGUGCGGUGUUUAAAAAGUACUGUGGCUUCAAGUCACGGGCAUCGCAAGCUCUCCGUGAGAUAUUUGACUGGCCAGCGAAUGAGCGUGACUGGAUCACUUUGAUUCCGUCCGAAAGUGGCUCGGCCGUGGGAGCAGCACUGGCUGCCACGAUGGCCCGGGGGUGCGACAUUGGAGAAAAGUUGACUGCCUCGUUAACGUCCUUGGGCAAAGUGUGCUGGAUGCGACUCGAGUACGAUGUGGUCCGAUUCACCGUGAUUCCCGAUCAGGGAACCCAAGUUUGGGCGCAAAUUCCCGUGGACACCAUCUUCGAGGAAUCGUCCUAUCAACUGGAAUCUAAUUCAGAUGCCAUCAACAUUGAGAUCAACAUCAGUCUACUCAAUCGUGCCUUACGGUCAACGAUGGGAGCCUCAUCAUCUCAACUGCGAUUAACCAAAAAGGACCGUAUGCCCCUGCUGGCUCUCACGGUUCUCACUACCGAAUGGAGCGAGGGGAACAUGGCUUUGGCCACGGGCGAAGCCGCAGAGCAGAGCCACGCCGGACGUCCGGCUGGAACGAGCGAUGUCGUGGGUGAUCGACGCGCGCGAGAGCGCGAAACGUGGAUCACGCAAGAAAUCCCUAUCAAGAUCCUCCACGAGGAGGUGGUGGAAAGCUUGCAUGAGCCUCACUGCCCCGAUCCAGAUGUAUACAUCAUUUUGCCAAAUUUGAUGCAGCUGAAGAGUAUCUCCGAUCGAUUCACCAGACUCGCUUCAGCGGAUAGCAAAGGUCGCCAACAGGGCAUCGUGGUUGCUGCCGAUCCAGCGACCUCAACCGCUGGGACCACGACGCUCUCCACAAACACCGCGCCAAAACUGGAGCUGUCAGCCAACAUGCACGGUAAAUUACGCUUAGCGAUUGCGAAUGAUGAGCUUCGCAUCGCGAGUGUCUGGUCCGGGCUGGUGAAUCCUCCCUUGGACCCUGCACACAUCUCCCAAGAUCGGGCCUCGCAGCUGCCAAGUGAGCGAAUGCGCGAGGCGGGAGAUGAUGACGAGGCCGGAUGGGCGAAAGUCAGGAUUGAUGGGAAGGAUUGGGGUCGCGUGCUCAGUGUGGGGCGAUUGAGUCCCAAAGUCGUUGCUUGCUUCAUUAAUGACACGGCGCUUGUUCUAUACGUCUAUCUCCCGGGCACAUGGAACGGCGAAGAAUCUUGUCUGACUUACUACAUCAACUCUUUUACAGCAUGA